CAGCAGUUGUGUGCCAGUUCGACUGCAGGUCAAAGGGUAGAUCUAGUUGGUAUAAACGUGAGCGGACAUUGUUUACAGUCCCCAGUGCCACCGACGCCUGUUCCGAGUUCCUGCUGCUAUCAGAAUGUUGCAGAAACUGAGGGAGACAAGCCUCCUACCGGAAUUCCCCAGCAUAGAGUCGCUACGACACUCCGCGCCCGCCAUUGUGGGGUGUUGCGUGGCUGCAUGGGUCGCCCGAGCGGCAUGGAGGAAGCAUGCGUUUGACCAGAAGCUUUCCAAGAAGAGAGACCAGUUACAAGCUUCAAUGAACACAUUACGACAGCAGCUAUACGAAUACCCACUGAGCCUGACCACAAGAGAGUACAUCUUGGGCCUUUCACUGACAGACCUCCAACACAAGCUCCAAACAGGGGACCUGAAAGCCAUAGAUGUGCUCCGAGCUUACCAGUCUCGGGCUCUAGAAGUUGAUGAGAAGUGCAACUGUGUGGUGGAACCAAUCCUAGAAGCUGAGGAAUGGGCAGAGUUAUGUGACUCCAAGACUGACCCCAAGGGACCACUUCAUGGUAUUCCAGUCAGCAUCAAGGAAAACAUUGAAAUUAAGGGUUAUGACUGCACUGGUGGAAUGGAAUACUACAUCGACAAGCCAGCAACUCAAGAUGCUGUGGUUAUCCAGGUGCUGAAACGACAAGGUGCUAUUCCCUUCAUGAGGACAAAUGUGCCCCAAACCAUGUACAGUUAUGGUUGUUCCAAUCCCAUAUAUGGAGUGACAACACACCCUAAAGAUCCCACAAGGAGCCCCAGUGGGUCGUCGGGGGGUGAAGGAGCCAUUCUUGGGGCUGGGGGCUCAAUCUGUGGGCUGGGGACAGAUAUUGGGGGCAGCGUGAGAGUACCAGCCCAGAUGUGUGGCGUGUGCGCCCUCAAGCCCACCAGGGGGAGACUCAGUGCUGAAGGCCACUUCACUGUGAAUCCUGGACAGACUCUGGUUCAGGGUGUGGUUGGUCCCAUGGCACAGGAUGUGGAGGGUCUGGUCAGAUUCACAGAGGCUCUCAUGGCCCCCGAGAUGUUCGCCCUUGACCCCCAAGUUGUUCCAAUUCCUUUCAGGAAAGAGAUGUAUGAGAGCACACGGCCCCUGAAGAUCGGCUUCUACACGUGGGACGGCAACAUACGCCCAGUCCCUGCCACCAUCAGAGCUGUCCAUGUCGCCAAGACGGCCCUGGAGAAGAUGGGGCACAAGGUUGUGAGCUUCUCACCUCCCCGGACAUCGUGGGUUUUCCCGUCGCUGUUCGUGGGACCGAUGACAGGAGACCGGUGUCAGUCAGUCAGGGAGAGGAUGGUCAGGGAUUACGUAGAUCAAAGUCUGAAGCUGGUGUAUGUGGCCUGUGCUCUCCCCAAGUGGGUGGUGUCCCUGAUAUCCAGAGCCCUCCUACCCCUGGACCCAGUGCUGGGGAAAUCCUUCCAGAAAUUCACAGGAGUAAAGUCGGUGUAUGACUGGUUCAAAGUGGCUGACAGAAUUCAGAAAUACAGGAAGGAGUUUCUGGAGCACUGGAACAAACAGGACUUGGAUGCUGUCAUCUGCCCUGUCUAUCCAUGUCCAGCUGUAGUUCUCAAAAGUGCAGGGAGACUGACAGCUGGCGGUUCCUACUGUGCGCUCUACAAUGUGCUGAGAUACUCCGCUGGCUCCGUUCCUGUUACCACGGUGACCGAAGCAGACGUACAGGAAGUGGCAGAUCCAGAGGUGUACCCAGCGACUACGCUGCUGGAAAAGCUUACCAAACAGGGUUCUAAGGGCAGCCAGGGUCUGCCCGUGAGUGUGCAGUGUGUGUGUCUGCCGUACCACGAGGAGCAGGUGCUGAGGGUGAUGCGGGACGUCGAGCGAGGACUCAGCACAUAGUGCAGGAACAAUCAGUGUAGCAAGCCAGAACCUAUAUGUGUGCAGUAAUGUUUUGUAGAGGUUAUAAGGACCUGGGUGCCGUUGUACAAAGCAAUCUUAGCGCUAAGGUGAUCUAGCGCUUAGGAUGUUUUGUACGUCAUCUAGAUGUGUAAUUGAUGACAUGGUGAGAUGGUGAGUGUGUGUGUGUGAGUGGGUGGGUGUCCAUGUGCUCUAAUCUAUUUAAACAUACCAGCCAGGACCCACUUACACAAAGCCAUCUUAGCGCUAAGAUUAUCUAAGCCUAUGUUAAAGUAUGGGAGUUACAAUCAUCUUAGCGCUAAGAUCGCUUUGUGCAAGUGGGUCCUGGUCCAAUAUUUCAAAGAACCUCAUCACCUAAAGUAUGAAACAGUAUUGUUUUUUAAUAAUAUUUUGGAAGAUAUCCAAGUUAUUAACCGUGAGAACACUAUCAAUCGCCUUGGCUGGACACAUGUGUUCGCUGAGCCCUUUAGACAUGCACCUACGUUUGGGCGACUUGGGCUGUGAAAUGUGUGUCCAGAGGAAAGUAUAUUCCCUCAUACAGGACCAGCCUGAACACAUUCACCCGUCAUAGAAGUACAACUUGCCCACUUGCCUGUAUGAAGCUAGAAAAUAAUACUUUUUUAAAAGAAAAUAAUACUUUUUAAUGAAAACAUAUGUUCAUGUUAUUUCAUGCUGUCAUUUCAUUGUUCAUUUAACAAGAAAUGAAUAUUUUUUGUGUUGCUAGGACAAAAAUAUAAAUAUCUUCUUUCCCUCAUGUUAUUUUCCAACUUUUAUGUGAGAUAUCCAUGAGGACUUUUGUUGCCAGGCAAGGGCAGGUUACUCUAACAUCAGAUCAGUGGCUUGGUGACCUUGGAUUUGCAUUCUUGGUGUGCCAUUGUUAAAGUGUUGAAAGCAUGGAACAUAGCUGCAUAAAAAUUUGUGCGUUAUUCAUUUGCAAAAUUUGUAAAAUUAAAAUGUUAUGUGUGUGAGGCAAUAUCUGUGAUCACAUCAGUAAUUUUGUAACCAUGUAUGGAUUACACUGUGGUGAUGAAUCAUAAACACAUCCAACCUUAUUCAGGUUAAAUGGAGAUGAUGUUUGAAUUACCUCCCUUUGUGUUUUGAAAAGUUUAAGAGUAAUCUCCCUUGAUCAGUUGCCCUGGAGACAGGUUUGGUAAAAUGUUCCGUUGUACAUCAUGCUCUAGGAGCUUUAUGGACCUUAAUGCUUGCUCAAUUUCUGGCAAUGUUCUUGCUUACACAAUAACCAGAAAACUAAGCCCGAGUCAGUGAUGCUGGGAAAUGAUAUUGAAGGUUUGAUGUGUAAAUGUGUAAUACAUCCUGCCAUUCUACUUUGUUCACCGACACAUUAACCCAGAGGCAAACACCAAGUUGUGAUAAUUUUAUGCUUAUGCAAAAACACAAUCAUUAAUGUCAUGAAUACUCUUUGAUUUAAGAUAAAUGUGUGAACAGAUGAAGUGCUUGUGUCAAGUACUCAAGAAGGUGAAAAUCUGUCCAGUGUGUAUGCAUCCUUGAUUGUCCAUUGUUAGCAUUGUAUUGUAUCUCCAUACUGAGUACCCUGAAACAUUCACCACCUCAACUUCCUCUGGGAUCUCAUGUCUCCAUCUCCAUCUGUCCAUCUGUCCAUCAAUAACUAAGAACUUCUCUUGCACAUGAUUUUGAAAUUAAUAGACGUCUAUUUAGUUUCAAAACGGACUUAAAACAAAGCUCUGGUUGUAACUGGUUACUACAGAUAUGAAGGUUGUGUGUUCGAUCCUCGGGAAUAUAAAGAAAAUGUUUGUCAUUUGAUUUUAAAGUUCAUUACAUUGUAUUCAAAUGCAAAAUAAAUUUCUAUCCAGAAACGUUCUAAGUUACAAUCUAAACGGAAGUUGUAUUAAUAAAAUACCUGGGAUAUUAUUAUGUAUUAUACAGCAAAUAUGCCUUGAAUAUAAUAUAAAUCCCUAGGGUGAUAUAUAAAUUCCUGGGAAUAUUAUAUCAUCCCUGUUUAUGGGGUUUAACCGAACUGGAGUACAAUACGAUGACGUCUCUGGAGGUUUAUGACAGAAUAGAAUGGACAUAGUAUACUUUGGAUAACUUUAAAUAUUUUGUGUGAUAAAUGAUAUUGAUUUGUCUUCGUUCAGACAUAAUUUGUAAAUACAUCUUUUACAAAUUAUAAACAUGACUGUUACCAUGGUUAUUUUUAAAGGCACAUGAUGUGCAGAUUUAUGAAUGUAUUUUACCACAUAUAGUGACGGUUGUUUUGUUUAUUGUUCAUGUGUACGCGAGUUACUUUUUUUAUGAUUUGUACAUCUUAAACAGAAUUUACAAAUAUUUAAAUUGUGUUUACAAACAAAA